GAGAGAACCCUUUCUACUGCUCCCAGUGUGGAAAGAGUUUUAGACACUCAGGCCAUCUUAAAGUGCAUGCAAGAAAACACACUGGAGAGAUGCAACAUCAAUGCUCCCAGUGCGAUUCUUUCUUUUACUCAUCAGGGGUCCUUAAAUCACAUGAGAGAACACACUUAGGAGAGAGGCCAUUCCAAUGCUCUCAGUGUGGAAAGAGUUUUACCCGGUCAGGGAAUCUGAAUAUGCAUUUGAGAACACACACAGGGGAGAAGCCUUUCCACUGCUCCCUGUGUGGAAAGAGUUUUACCUGGUUAGGGAACUUGAAAAUGCAUGAGAUAAUACACACAGGAGAGAAGCCUUUCCACUGCUCCCUGUGUGGAAAAAGGUUUACCUAUUUAGUGACACUGAAGAAGCAUGAGUUGACACACACAGGGGAGAAGCCUUUCCAAUGCUCCAAAUGUGGAAAGAGUUUUACCCAGUUAGUGAACCUGAAAAGGCAUGAAGGAACACACACAGGAGAGAAGCCUUUCCACUGCUCCUUGUGUGGUAAGCGUUUUACCCAGUUAGUGAACCUGAAAAGGCAUGAAAGAACACACACUGGAGAGAAGCCAUAUCAAUGCUCCCAGUGUGGAAAUACAUUUUUCUCAUCACGUGACCUGAAAUCACAUGAGAAAACACACUUAUCAGAGAGGCAUUUCCAAUGUUCUCAGUGUGGAAAGAGUUUUACCCGGUUAGGGAACCUGAAUAGGCAUCUGAGAACACACACAGGGGAGAAGCCCUACCACUGCUUAAACUGUGGAAAGAGCUUUACCCAGCAAGGGGACCUGAAAUCACAUGAGCGGACACACACAGGAGAUAAGCCUUUCCAAUGUUCCCAGUGUGGAAAAAGUUUUGCCUGCUUAGGGAACUUGAAAAUACAUAAGAGAAUACACACAGGAGAGAAGCCUUUCCAAUGCUCCCAAUGUGGAAAGAGUUUUACCCAGUUAGUGAACCUGAAAAGGCAUGAAGGAACACACACAGGAUAGAAGCCUCUCCAAUGUUCUCAUUGUGGAAAGACAUUUUCCCAGUAAGAGGACCUGCAAUCACAUGAGAGAAUAGAGAGGCUGUGUGUUGACAUACAGUACCAGUCAAACGUUUGGACACACCUACUCAU